UGGAAACUCCAAGAAGGAACACUGACAAUGUUCAUUGGAGAAGUAAUUGGCACUGCAGUUUUAAUUUUCAUCGGAUGUAUGGGAGGUAUAGGUACCAUGGGUCCAGCUCCCCCUCCACCGAUGCAAAGUGCGUUAACGUUUGGUCUUACAGUUAAUAUGAUCAUUAUGAUGCUUGGACACAUCAGUGGUGCACAUUUAAAUCCUGCUGUAACAAUUGGUGCUGCCAUAGUAGGAUUAAAAACUAUCCCAACUAGUGUUGUCUAUAUUGUAGGACAAUUUAUCGGAGCCACUGCAGGAUACGGUUUGUUAAAAAUAACUACACCAGAUUAUUUAUUCAACGAUGGCAUGCCCAAUUCAACAACUCCAUUAUGUGUAACUGUAAUACAUCAAGGUGUAACAAUAGUUCAAGCAAUUUUGAUAGAAGCUAUUUGUACUGGAAUUAUUUUGUGUACUGCUUGUGCUACCUGGGAUGAAAGAUGUGCACAUACUACUGAUUCUACUGCUCUUCGAUUUGGUUUCUCUGUUGCUGCUUUAUCAUUUGCAGCAAGUCCUUAUACCGGGUGCAGCAUGAACCCAGCCAGAACUUUCAGUCCUGCAUUUUGGAAUGGGGCGUGGGAUGAUCAGUGGGUAUAUUGGGUUGGUCCAAUACUUGGUGCUCUGCUUGGAACAUAUACAUAUCAAGUCUUCUUUAGUGUACCACAAAAGAAAACCAGUUUAAGUCAUAUUGAAUUAGCUGAUAUUCAAAGUGAUUCAGCCGAUGAAAUUAAAAAACCAUAA